AUGUCUUGCUCCAGCCUGUCCUAUCCAGAAUGCGGGGUAGCCCGUCCCAGUCCAGUUUCUGGCAGCUGCAAUGAGCCGUGCGUUAGGCAGUGCCCUGACUCUAGAGUGAUCAUCAGACCAGCACCGGUUGUCGUGACCCUCCCAGGACCAAUUCUCAGCACUUUCCCUCAGCAGAGUGAAGUGGCAGCUGUUGGAGCACCUGUGGUCGGACCCGGCUAUGGGGGUUCAUUCGGUCAUGGGGGACUGUACGGCUAUGGAGGCCGUUUAGGAGGAUCGUAUGGUUACGGGGGAUUAGGUGGUUAUGGGGGCCAUUAUGGUUAUGGUGGAUUGGGUGGUUAUGGUGGACUGUGUGGUUAUGGGGGAGGUUACGGUUACAGGGGAUUAGGUGGUUAUGGGGGAUUGUGUGGUUAUGGUGGACUGGGUGGUUACGGGGGAGGUUAUGGGGGACUGUGUGGUUAUGGGGGAGACUAUGGAGGACUCUGUGGUUACGGGGGAGGUUACGGUUACAGGGGAUUAGGUGGUUAUGGGGGACUGUGUGGUUAUGGGGGAGGUUACGGUUACAGGGGAUUAGGUGGUUAUGGGGGAUUGUGUGGUUAUAGUGGACUGGGUGGUUACGGGGGAGGCUAUGGAGGACUCUGUGGUUACGGGGGAGGUUAUGGUUACAGGGGAUUAGGUGGUUAUGGGGGAGGUUAUGGGGGACUGUGUGGUUAUGGAGGAGACUAUGGAGGACUCUGUGGUUACGGGGGAGGUUACGGUUAUGGAGGAUUAGGUGGUUAUGGGGGAUUAUGCGGUUAUGGGGGAUAUGGCCGUAGGUAUCACGGUGGAUACUGUGGGCCAUGUUAA